AUGAACACGGUCAUUCUCCGUUCUAAAUGUGCUGGAUUUGGGUCAUGGACCGUGAAAUUGAUUGAAGAAACAAUCAACGGAGACACAUACUUUCAACCUCAAAUAAAUUGUCGUUAUGAGAAUCUACCAAAAACAGUAAACAUUCGUUAUGAAAUGGGCCUUGGUCAUGAUAAUUCUUCGUAUGAGAAGACGUGCGAAGGUUGUUCCUACUGGAAUACGGAUAAGCCUUUGAUUGCAAAGAGUCUGAAAAUGUUGGAUUUGUUGAAUCCAGAAAGUGGGCAUGUGAAAGAAGAUAAAUUGAUGCUUCAUGUCGGAAUCCACGUGGAAUCGAUCCAGUAUUCAGAUGGCAUUUGGAAGUUCAAUUUCUACGACAAACUGUUCCCAGAGGAAGAAAGAAAGAAUAUGAUUACGAUGGAACGCAAGAAGAAAAACAUUCUUUUUUAUUCUCACAUGAAACUCAUCAAAUUUCACACUGAAAACUUCACCGAGAACUUUUCUGACGUUGAAAAACAUGUACAUACAAAAUUCGACUGUUUGGAAAAAUGUCUCCAAAUCGCUCAUGGUGUCCAACUACAACUUACAGAUUCAGAACUCUUUGGAACUAUCAGAAUCGCUGAUAUCUUUGGAUUUAAGAACGUCGCUCGUUAUUGUGAACGUCGGUUGAUUCAAAAUUUGAGAUGGAAAACUGAUGUGUUGAAUUCAUCUCGAAUUGCAAUCUCUCACAAUCGGGAUCGUUUAUUGACACAUCUGUUGAAAGAUCUGAAGUUUUCGGACUUUUCGAAAGUAUUCAAAGUCGAAGACGUUCCAAAUAUGUCAAUGGAAUGUAUGAAAUUGUGCACUAAAUUCGUUUUUGAUAAUGUCGAUCGUGGUAUUCUAGAAUGA